GAUAACCAAGGUACAUUUUUGCUGCACAAACCCCUGGGGAGAGAGAGAGAGAGAGCUAGAGGGAGGCAGAGAGAGGGAGAGAGGAGGGAGGCGAGAGCCUGUUCCCCCUCUCUCUCUCUGUGUGUUUCUGUCGUGCACAGCAGCAGACUGUCCUCUUUCUCGCAGUGGGCUGAUCCUACAGGCGGCAGGUGUGUGCACCCACUUUGACUACAUUUGCGACUGAUUUUUGGAUACUAAGCUGAGACCAUAUCUCACACUGCAAGAAGGCUGCACAGAGUGCAUCUCGGCUGCGAGGAUGUCGCAGUGAUAGACAUCAGAGCAUCCUCUUCACUGUAUCGCACUCAGCCGGCAUCGUCAGCUGUUGCUCGAGGAGAGAGUGGAAGUGUCGGAAGCAACAGAAAAGGCCAAACUAUGCGACCGAUUUCCAAACGGUGACCGUUUUCUAGCCUAAGUCGACCGGGCACCGGAUGCGAGCAGAGGUUGUCAACGAGCCUCUGACUAUUUUCUGCCCUUUGUCGGUGCCGGAGGAGCUGUGCCAAUGGAGAAAGCGACUCCGCCGCCCCAGCCUCAGCUCCAGCUGUCGAUAGCGAAGACUGAAAGUCCGGCGGAGGAUAUCUCCGGUCUGACUGACGAGGAGCUGCUCAAGUGGACCAAAGAGGAUUUGGUUCGGCGCCUGCGGCGGUCUGAGGCCGACAAGAUGAGCGUGAUUCUGGACCACGGGAAUCUCAUCCGAGAGGUCAAUCGCAGCCUCCAGCUGCACUUGAACGAGAUCAGGGGGCUGAAGGACAUUAACCAGAAGCUGCAGGAGGACAACCGUGAGCUGCGGGACUUGUGCUGCUUCCUUGAUGACGACCGCCAGAAAGGAAAACGUGUGUCUAGAGAGUGGCAGCGCUUGGGACGAUACAGCGCCAGCAUCAUGCGUAAAGAGGUGACCCUCUAUCUCCAGAAACUGAAGGAGCUGGAGCUUCGACAGGAGGAUGUAAUGCGGGAGAACCUGGAGCUGAAGGAGCUCUGCCUGCUGCUGGAUGAGGAGAAAGGGGUGGUAGGUGGAGGAGGUGGAAGUGGAGGGGGCGUUGGGAUGGGAGGGUGCCGCAACUCCAUUGACAGCCAGAAUAGUUUGCUGCUUGUGCCAGGGCAGGGGCUCCUAAUGAGGGACAUGGGGGAUGGGAGCAGCACCUCCAGCGCAGGGAGCGCUGAUAGCUCCGAUGCCCCGCAUCAUAAGCAGCCUCACCUGACUGUAGGAGUGGGUGGAGUUGGCAGUGCUGGGGAAAAAGGGAGCCCCGAGCUUGUCCAUAAACCCAGGUGUAGCAGCAUCAGUGGCAUAGGAGGAGGAAGUGGAGGAGACAGGGAAGUGUCCAGCCCUGAUCAUCCAGCUGGACGCCACCGGAGUACAAGCCUGGAGUAUCCCUACACCCUGCCUCAGCUCUGCCGACCCCGCUGUGGCUCCUUAUCUGUGCCUGAUCAUAGUCGACCUAUGCGGGGCCUCAGCCCAGAAAAGUACAGCAGGGAUGGGGGCAGAGGCAGNNAGAGGCAGCAUUUCCUGAGCCAGGGAGGUAGUGGGGAGCUCUUUCAGAGGCACCACAGGAGCAGCAUUAGCAGUACAGGCUGUGGGAGCCCCGAAACACGGCAUGCAAAUAUAGGCAGCAGUGAGCACCAGGAAAAAGGAUGCGUGGUCCAAGGGGGCAGCCCCGAAACACAUAGGCACCAGUACAGUAUGAGCCCUGACCAUGUGAAGUUUGGCAGCCCUGUGAGAGAGGGGCAGAGGAGGCCGGCUGGAGAUGAGCUGUCACCGCAUCAUCGUAGCAUCUACAACGGCAUGAAUGCUUUGAUAUCAGCCAGCUGCUGCCCCACCAACUGUAGAAAUGUCAAGCUAUGGGACAGCUUUGAUGCCUCCUCUUGACCCCAACUUGACCAGCUAGGCUCCUCAGACAAAGGGAGGGUGGGGGUUGGUGCAGUGCAGCCCUCCUGCAUCUCUGGCCUUGAUAGACACAUGGACCCCCGGGUGCUGCUCUCCACAUCUCCGGAUGGUCUGUCAUCCAUGGCCUCAUCCAUGUCCACAGCCCUGAAACUGCCUUCCUCCAUGUUUUUAUUUGUACAUAUCGAGAGUUUGAGCAAAGAUGGGAUAUAGGGAUGGGGAAUCAGUACAGUUGGUAAAACUCUUGAACAGUGCUGCAACUAAACAGAUUAGAGUGAAUAUCUCUCCCUGCCAAAUGUGACACAGCUACCUCCCGGAGAGCAGUUAGAGAAAGGGAGGGACACUGGGGAUCAAUGAGAGGAGAUGGAGAGGCCUCUGCACUGUUUGUGCUGCUACCCUCUGUUUACAAAUGUAGAUGACUGGUGGAGAAACACAGAAAUGGAACUUUCUAUUCCUCCACUGUUCGAAACUUCGAUUAUUUUCCUACACACUUCCCUCUUUUUCUCGUUCUGUUCCCCUCACCAGGCCCUUCUGUUCUGUUGUCCCGCCCCCCUUCCCACACACACUCUCUCUCCCUCCUUUCCUUCAUCUUUAGACAUUCAUCAUCCAAAGUGUACAAUGAGACUGGUGUAAUGUAAUGUUCUGUAAAUCAGUCUCCAUAUCCAGCUGACCAUAUCCAACCAUUGUCACCUCUCUCUCCUUGUUAAAAUCUAAUACUUUUUUCAGCCAUUUCAACUGAACUUAAAAAUAAAACAAAAACAUACAGUAUUUGUCAAAGAUGUUCUAGCAAAGAAGAUAAAACACAACCUUUUCCUGUGUCUUAAACCAAGAUAGUCACCAUUACUAGCUGCUGACAGAUGUUCUAGUUCUAUAAGAUGCAAUGUUCAGGUGUAAACUUUCUUUUUUGUAUUAUCUUUGCUCCCUUAAAGCACCUAUAUCAAAGCUGGGGAGAAGAUUAUAUGUUUCUCCAUGUUGUUUUUUACAAGAAAGUAAAAAGUAGAUUAUUGGAUUAGUUUUA